UAGGUUACUCCGAACGUCAGACGCCCCGUCUCAUUUUGAUGACGUUGCAAUUUCUAUUUACCGAGGAGCUGUCACUGGUUUCAUACAAGCGAUUUUUCUAAUCAACAACACGUAAAUCUCGCCGUCAAACAGGUGGGGAUCUUGCAUGGAGUGAGUGUUGAGCCCCAGUGAGAUGACUGACCAGGGCAACAACAACCAGAACAUCUCCUGCAACCCUUUCGCUGCCCUCUUCAGCUCAUUGGCUGAUGCCAAACAGUUCGCAUCAGGCCAGAAGCCCGAACAAAAAUCUGCUGAACCACCGCUGGAGGAGUCAGGCGAGAGCCAGUCAGAGUCGGAGAACUCUGUAUCAGACAGCGUCGACGACAAUGACGACUCCGUGGCAGAGAUCAGCCGCUCCUUCCGGUCCCGGCAGGAGCUGUGUGAACAGCUUAAUGUCAAUCACAUGAUUCAGCGAAUAUUUCUUAUCACUCUAGACAACAGUGACCCCAGCCUUAGGGGGGGCAAUGGGAUCCCCCCUCGGUGUGUGUACCUGGAGGAGAUGGCUGCAGAUCUGGAUGGGCAGGACUGGCUGGACAUGGACAACAUAGAGCAGGCUCUGUUUAACCGUCUGCUGGUGCUGGAGCCAGGAAACCACCUCAUCUACAUGACAUCAUGCAGCGCAGUUAACCUGUCUGCUGACCGUGAUGCUGGAGAGAAACGUGCCAUCCCUUAUCUUUUUGCCUGUUACCAGAGGGCCAAGGAAGAGGUGACAAAGGUCCCGGAGAAGUUAUUGCCGUUUGCUGUUCGCUGCAAGAACCUGACAGUUUCCAAUACUCAGACGGUCCUGCUCACCCCGGAGAUCUACGUCAGCCAGAAUGUGUACGAACAGCUUUUGGAUCUGUUGCUGGACGGUUUCAAUGGCGCACAACCAGAGGAGGUGGUUGAGUUUGUAGAAGAGGCCAUUGCUGGUCUGCUCUCUGACCAGGAGGUGCGUACCUUUGAGGAGGUGAUAGUACCCGUCUUUGACAUCUAUCAGGGACGCGUCAAAGACAUGGACCUGUGCCAACCACUUCUUUACUCCUACCUGGAUGUUCUGCUCUAUUUCAGCCACAAUAAGGACAUUGCCAAGGUACUUGUGGAACACAUUCAGCCCAAAGACCCAAGUAGCGGUUUGCAGUACCAGAAGAGCCUACUAGGGACAGUACUAAGUAUCUCGUGCCUCUUAAAGACCCCAGGUGUGGUAGAGGGGCAUGGCUAUUUCCUGAAUCCCUCUCGUUCCAGCGCCCAGGAGACAAAGGUGCAGGAGGCCAACAUCCACCAGUUUAUAGGCCAGUUUCAUGACAAGCUGCACCAGAUCUUGAAAAACUUAAUGCAGCGAUCAGGUGAGACUCGCCACCUCCUGCUCUUCUGGCUGGGGAACUGUCUGCAGGCCAACGCCGGCCGAGCCAAGAUAUGGGCCAAUCAGAUGCCGGAGCUCUUCUUCCAGAUGUACGCUUCAGAUGCGUUCUUCUUGAACCUGGGCGCUGCUCUGCUGAAGCUGUGCCAGCCAUUCUGCAGGCCGUCGUCGCCCAAGCUGCUCACCUUUAACCCCACCUACGUGUCUCUAAAAGGACUGAGCGAGGAAGAGAGACACAAUCGCAGUGUGCACGCAAGAGGUCUUGACAAGGAAACCUGUCUGAUCCCAGUACCCCCUCAACAGCUGGUGGAUUGUGCACAGUCCUACACCCUGCUGACAGAAAAUCUCAUCCUCACCCAACUCACCUUGCAUGUCGGCUUCCAUAGACUCCACGAGCAGAUGGUGAAGAUGAACCAGUCUCUCCACAGGCUCCAGGUGACCUGGCAGGAGGCCCAGCGGACGAGCAACCCAAUGUCAGAACAACUCCUGGAGCAAUUUGAGCGUCUGAUGAUUGUUUACCUGUCAACCAAAGCUGCCACAACCCAGCCUGCCAUGCUGCAAUGCUGCCUUAACCUCCAAGCCUCCACCGCUGCGUUGCUGGUUCAGCUUGCUAUGGGAAACCAGGGGCCUGAACAUGUAGCACUCAGUUUUCCUCUGCCUUCCUUACAGACUACGAUGCUCUGCUACAUACCAGAGUUUUUCGUGGAGAACCUGGGAGACUUUUUCAUUUUUCUGCGGCGAUUCGCGGACAGUGUUUUGGAGACAUCAGCAGAAAGCCUGGAGCAGAUUCUUAACUUUAUUACUGUCUACAUGGGUAAUGUUGACAGGAUGAAGAACCCACAUUUAAGAGCAAAGCUUGCUGAAGUCUUGGAGGCAGUGAUGCCGCACAUGGAGCCGGUAGCUCCCAGCGCUCCUCAGCCAAUCGUGUUCCAACGCGAAUCGGUCUUUUGCUUCUACAGUCAUGCUCCUCAGCUGGCUGAGGCCCUCAUCACUGUGUUUGUAGACAUUGAAUUCACAGGCGAUCCUCACCAGUUUGAGCAGAAAUUUAACUACAGAAGACCUAUGUAUCCAAUCCUCAAGUACAUGUGGAGCAAAGACAACUAUAGGGAGAGUAUUAAGCAUUUGGCAAGCUAUGCAUCUGAGAACCUGGAGGCCAUGACCCCCCCCCUGUUCCUCAGGUUUCUCAACUUACUUAUGAAUGAUGCCAUCUUCUUGUUGGAUGAAGCGAUUCAGUACCUAAGCAAAAUCAAGAUACUGCAGCUGGAGAGGGAUCGAGGAGAGUGGGAAGCCCUGACCCCUGAUGCCCGAAGAGAGAAGGAGUCAAGCUUGCAGAUGUUUGGACAGCUGGGCCGCUUCCACAACAUUAUGUCUAACGAGACUAUCGGCACACUGGCCUUCCUCACCUCAGAAAUCAAGGGAAUCUUUGUGCACCCCUUCCUUGCUGAGAGGAUCAUCUCCAUGCUGAACUACUUCCUGCAACACCUUGUGGGUCCAAAGAUGGGUGCCCUUAAAGUUAAGGACUUCAGUGAGUUUGACUUCAAGCCCCAGCAACUUGUUUCUGACAUCUGCACGAUCUACCUGAACCUGGGUGACGAGGAGAAUUUCUGUGGCACAGUCCCGAAAGAUGGACGAUCAUACUCUCCCACACUGUUCUCUCAGACCGUUAGAGUACUAAAGAAGAUCAACAAACCUGGGGACAUGAUUGUGGCUUUUGCACUUCUUGCAGAUAAAAUAAAGUCUUAUGCAGACAGACAGCAGCAGGAAGAGGAGACAUAUGCAGAUGCUCCAGAUGAGUUCUUGGACCCCAUCAUGUCCACAUUGAUGCUGGAUCCUGUUCUUCUUCCUUCUUCUAAUGUAACAGUCGACCGUUCAACCAUUGCAAGGCAUCUACUCAGUGAUCAGACAGACCCUUUUAACCGCAGCCCCCUAACCAUGGACCAGAUCAGACCAAAUGAGGAACUAAAACAGCAAAUCUUACAGUGGCUGGAAAAGCACAAGCAGGAGAGGCUGCAGCUGGGACCCAGUGGCUAGCCUCCAUUUCUCACAGUGACAAACUAAAACUGCUUCCCUGAAUCUGAUGUGCGCUGCUUCUGGACUAAUCCAUGUUGUAUUUGCAUCUGUGGAUUGCUCCUGACUCCUCCGGUCUGGUUAACAUUGCAAUAGACUUUUCUUGCAGCCUUCAGGACAACAGUCCUGGCAAACUGUAGCUUAUCAGCUAGUGACUGCUUUAAAACCCAUACACACUGCAUAAAUACUUUGUGUGAAUCAGUCAUUAUGCAGUCACAGCUGUGGCCAGAAGUAUCAGUUUCAACAGGACUUGUUGAAUGUGCUUUAUGAACUCCUGACCUGACCGACUGACCAAAACAACGUUUUAUACAGUAAGGUAAGUAGUUUUGUGAACUUGUGAGGCAGGACAUGAAUGGAGAUGUUUUGAUUUGACCUUAAUUUUACCUUCAUGGAGAAUUUCAUCAUACUCUGCCUUUUAAAUUCCUUAAACAUUCUACAUUUUAGCACCUUGGGUUAUAUUGCAAGCAACACUGUAAAAAGAAAAUUGGCAGUGCAUAGUAAGAUUAAAAUAAAACCUAAUUUCAUUGUGUGUGACUUUUGUUUAAUGAAAAUAAUAGAACCCUUUUUGGAAACAUUAAAUUACCAUCUUCAAAACAAUAAUUUUAUUUGAUUUACAGUCUAUUUGACAAAAAUAAUGGUGCUGCAAUCAAGCACUAAUUAAAAACCUUAUUAUGGUAUGUUUGUUGGACGAUAAUAUCAAACUGUUUCAAUUACUACAUGUUCAUAAAACAAAGGAUUCUAUCUAAAAUGACAGAAUUUAUUAAAAUAAAUGCUCUUUUCAGGAAAAUAUUUAAUUACUACUAAAUGUAGAUUACGUCAGCAACAUGGCAAAAGUGUUGGUGUUGUACAGAAAUUAUAAAAUUGUACUUGAAGUUGUUGCAGUUUUGAGUCUGCUGAUAACGUGAAACACGUACGAAAAUGAACACGAAAUCAUGUGACAAAGCAAAUAAAAAGGUACAAAAAGGUAAACCUGAUUCACUCACUGACAUGCUGAACAUCAGCUAAUGGAUUUCUUUUUUUCUGUUUUUGCUUCACAUUGGCUCUAAUCUGGGGUAAAAAUAGGUAGUUUUGUGAUUCUUUUUGUUUUCUACACUGCCUGUGUUUAAUAUUAACCUUAGGAAGGUUUCUGAACAUUUGCUGAUUAGUAUAGCCUUCAAGGAAACUGAAUAACUUACCAGGUGGACGUCUCCAGAGUCUUUCAUCAUAGUCUUGUGCAGCUUACAAGUCGCAUUAUUUUUAUAAUUUGCGUGCAUCCUCUGCUCAUAAUGGUCUAACAAUAUUAUUACUUACCAUGGAAGGUUUAAACAUCUUUGACAGUGUAAUACUGUCUAAAGCCGUCGUCCUUGAAAUGGACGCCAGUCUCACAUUUUAUAAUUUAUUUUUGCAAAAAUUCUAUAAUAAUGUUGAUCAGUGGAAUUGGUGCCUAAAACCAAAGCCCUUUUAGUAAAUGGUGGCGAAUCAGGAUGUUUCAUGCUCUAAAGAGUUUUUUUAUUUGCAGCAUAUAAGAAGAAUUGAAGGACGAGACAUAACAAAUGAACUUAAGGGUUUUAAUUGAAAAAGUGUGGUUGUAUAAAAUGGCAAAAUGUGAAAGACUUGUGGAUCUGUUGGUAUGCCUUCACACAGUACUGUAUGUUACAUAUCUACCACCUGGAUGAUGACAUUAAAUUAUAAUGCAAUAA